AUGCCACAACAAAACGAAUGUUUAUCGUUCUCUCCCAAUGUCUUUGUCUCUCAUAUUGACUACUCCGAAGCACAAAAUGUACUCGAUUUAACAACAACCAAACAAAAACAACUGCGUCGACAACGUUCGCAAGUUUUAUACAAACAAGUUUUACUCAAUCGAACCUAUGCACUCUGUCCACAUAACGACAAUGAAAUGAAGCCCCUGGCCAAAAAGUCGAAGAGUCUCAUGGAUAAAUGUUAUGAUAUUACAAACGAUAGCGAUGUUUUACAAUUUCUACGUGAAUUAAAUUCAGUGAAACUCACCUCCAGUUCUAUACAUAUGAACUUUAGUACUGUCGAUGAUCACGAUACGGCAAUUGUUAUCUACAUGAUGUAA